GUGGUGGUAGUGGUGGAGAAGGUGGUGCUGCAGCUGGAACCUGCCAACCUUUCUUAUUUUACUGUUUUCUCUUUCUUUAUUGUUUCUUUCUUAACUCACUCUACUCCUUUCCCUCCUCUGUUUGUGUGUGUGUUUUGCUUGCUAACUAAGCAGAGUAGCAUCGUAACAAGUAGAAGAGAAGAAAGAGAAGUUUUAUUUGGGAAGGAGACCCGAUGCAAGCACGAGAAGUGAGGUUUGGGAUUUGAUGCAAUGUCGAUGCCCAGCUCGAGGCAACAACUACACCAAAAACAACAAUCCUCCCCUCACUUCCACAACUUAAUCAACAAAAACAACAUUCACAGUAGAAGAAUAAGAAGAAGAAUAAGCCUUACCCUCUUCGUUUCCAUCGUCUUCUCUAUUGCAUUACCAUUUCACUUCAGUUCAUCAGAAGCCGCCCCUAACCAUGAAGCCCUCACACUACUCUCAUGGAUACGUGAUGCUUCUUCCUCAACCUCCACCAUAGCCUCUGCUUUCCAUGACUGGAACCCACAAGACCCAGACCCCUGUAAGUGGUCCUACAUAUCUUGCUCUGGUCAUGGCUUCGUUACCCAAAUCACCAUCAACUCCAUCGAGCUUGCCCUCCCUGUCCCUUCCAAUCUCUCCUCCUUCGCUUUCCUUCAAACCCUCAUCAUUUCCGACACCAACCUCACCGGAACAAUUCCAACCGAAAUCGGAGACUGCCCUUCGCUCACUGUCCUCGACCUCAGCUCAAACAGUCUCGUGGGUAGCAUUCCAGCGUCCAUCGGAAAGCUCAGGAACCUUCAAGAAUUAAUCUUGAACUCAAAUCAACUAACCGGAAAGAUUCCGUCAGAGCUUGGCAACUGUAUUAGUCUUCAAAAUCUUCUCCUCUUCGAUAACCGUCUCGGGGGUUCUCUGCCUCCCGAACUCGGCAAACUGUCGAGCCUUCAAGUUCUUCGCGCAGGAGGGAACAAAGACAUCGUCGGGAAAAUCCCAGAUGAAAUCGGCGACUGUGGAAACCUCACUUUAUUGGGUCUCGCAGAUACUCAGGUUUCUGGGUCAUUGCCUGCUUCAUUGGGUAAGCUCAGCAAGCUACAGACGCUCUCUGUUUAUACAGCCAUGCUUUCCGGUGAGAUUCCACCGGAGAUUAGUAACUGUUCGGAGCUUGUCAAUCUGUACCUCUAUGAGAACUCACUCUCUGGUUCGAUUCCACCGGAGCUCGGCAAUCUUGGGAAGCUCGAGAGGAUGUUUCUAUGGCAGAACGACUUUGUUGGGACAAUUCCGGAUGAGAUUGGCAACUGUAAGAACUUAAUCAUGCUCGACCUGUCCUUGAAUUCUUUUUCUGGAAUCAUUCCUUCGUCUUUUGGGCGUCUCUCGGAACUCCAGGAGCUGAUGCUGAGUAACAAUAACAUCUCUGGUUCGAUACCCUCUGUUCUCUCCAAUGCUACGAAUCUUGUCCAGUUACAACUCGAUACCAAUCAGAUCUCUGGUUUGAUCCCUCCUGAGCUCGGGAAGUUAGCGAAUCUGAAUGUCCUCUUCGCUUGGCAGAAUCAACUCGAGGGUAGCAUUCCAUCUAGCUUGGCGAGCUGCAGUGGACUUCAAUCGCUUGAUCUGUCUCACAAUGGGCUUACUGGGAUUGUUCCUCCAGGUCUGUUUAAUCUUCAGAAUCUAACGAAGCUCCUCUUGAUAUCUAAUGACAUCUCGGGUUCGAUUCCGCCGGAGGUGGGCAACUGCAGUUCCCUUGUACGGCUGCGACUGGGAAACAAUAGGAUCAGCGGAGAGAUUCCAAAACAGAUUGGGGGUCUCAAGAGCAUCAAUUUUCUUGAUCUUUCUGAGAAUCGAUUAACUGGAUCUGUUCCAGAUGAGAUUGGGAGCUGCACAGAGUUGCAGAUGCUGGACCUCAGUUACAACUCACUUGGAGGUGCUCUACCCAACUCUGUAUCCUCUCUCACAGCCCUUCAGGUGUUAGAUGUUUCGUCAAACCAGUUCAUUGGUCCCAUUCCAGCAGGCAUUGGCCGUCUUGCUUCAUUGAACAAGCUCAUCCUCGGCCAAAACUCGUUCACUGGAUCAAUACCUCCAUCACUCGGCCUCUGCUCAAAUCUCCAGUAUCUUGACCUUAGCAGCAAUGGGCUUUCUAGCCAUAUCCCUACAGAAUUGUGUCAGUUACAGGAUCUUGACAUUGCUCUCAAUUUGAGUAGCAAUUCCCUCACAGGGCCAAUUCCGACCCAGAUAUCAUCACUCAACAAGCUCUCCAUACUUGACCUCUCACAUAACAAGCUCAAUGGGGACUUAACACCGCUUGGUGGGCUUGCAAAUCUUGUCUCUUUGAACAUUUCCUAUAACAAUUUUACCGGUUAUCUCCCCGACAACAAGCUAUUCCGGCAGUUAUCGGCGACAGAGUUGGGUGGCAACCAAGGCCUGUGUGUGAGGGGCAGGGACUCUUGUUUCCUGAGCAAUGUUGCUGGGAUGCAAAUGGCAAGCGAUGACUUGGCUCGAUCGCGAAAGCAUAAGUUGGCAAUUGCAUUGCUUAUCACGUUGACAGUGGUGAUGAUUUUCCUAGGAACAAUUGCAGUGAUUCGAGCCCGAAGAGUUAUCAGAGAUGAUAAUGAUUCGGAGAUGGGUGGAGAGUCUUGGCCUUGGCAAUUCACUCCAUUUCAGAAGCUCAACUUCACAGUUGAUAAAGUAUUAAGAUGCCUUGUGGAUGCCAAUGUGAUCGGGAAGGGCUGCUCUGGGGUGGUAUAUCGUGCAGAUUUGGACAAUGGUGAAGUGAUUGCAGUGAAGAAGCUCUGGCCAACAGCAAUGGCUGCCACUAAUAACAAUGACAGGUGCUGUGUUCGCGACUCUUUCUCUGCAGAGGUGAAGACAUUGGGCUCUAUCCGUCACAAGAACAUUGUUAGGUUCUUGGGCUGCUGCUGGAAUAAAAACACAAGACUGCUAAUGUAUGAUUACAUGCCCAAUGGAAGCUUGGGCAGUCUCCUCCAUGAGAGGAAUGGUGGUUGCUUGGAGUGGGAAUUGAGGUACCAAAUUGUGUUGGGAGCUGCACAAGGCCUUGCUUACUUGCACCAUGACUGUGUCCCUCCCAUUGUCCACAGGGACAUCAAGGCCAAUAACAUCCUCAUUGGUCUUGAAUUCGAGCCUUACAUUGCUGAUUUUGGGCUGGCUAAACUCGUCGAUGAUGGAGAUUACAAUCGGUCAUCCAAUACUGUUGCUGGUUCAUAUGGUUACAUUGCUCCUGAGUAUGGAUACAUGCUGAAGAUCACAGAGAAGAGUGAUGUCUAUAGUUAUGGUGUUGUUGUAUUGGAAGUUUUAACUGGGAAGCAACCCAUUGAUCCAACAAUACCAGAAGGCCUCCAUGUGGUUGACUGGGUGAGGCAGAGAAAGGGAGGAAUUGAGGUUCUUGAUCCCGGUCUACGAGCCCGGCCUGAAUCAGAGGUAGAAGAGAUGAUGCAGGCAUUGGGUGUGGCCGUACUAUGCAUAAAUCCUUCCCCAGAUGAAAGGCCAACCAUGAAAGACGUGGCUGCCAUGCUCAAGGAAAUCAGGCACGAAAGAGAAGAGUAUGCGAAGGUGGACACACUCCUCAAAGGAUCUCCAGUGACUGAACGCCAAAAUAAUAACACUAGAGCAGCUCCUACAACUUCAUCAUCAACCACACCGCAGCUUUGCUCAUUCCCACAAAGCAACAACACCAGCUUCUCUGCCUCAUCGCUCCUAUAUUCAUCUUCCUCCAUCGCCAAAACGGCUUUCAAGUGAUAUAGUUACACUCAGAUACAAAAGGAGCUUGUCCCCUCCAUCCUCUCCCUCAGUUUUUUCAUUUCCAUAUUCUCUUAAUGUAAAGAAGAAAACUUGAUAAUUCGUUAAUGACAAGUAGAACAACAAAUGAAGCCAAUCGUUACAGUUUGGCUGUUCGAAUA